CAUUUGGGAUCGUCCGAUGUCAAAGUUGACCCACAGGACUGUCACGUCUUUGUUGCUUCUGUUGUUCCUGUGAUGUUGUGAAUAGAGCGGGACACAUGGAAAAAUACGCGUAAUCUGGACAGAGGCAACACUUUUAAUGCUUACCUGCAUUGGGUUUUCCUCUGUUUCCUCUUUGUUUAUGCUUUGGGUUAUCUACUCUUACUAACUGCACAUAACCUGGCACAUGCAUGUAGUUUCAUGCACUGCUAGAUUAUUAAUUUGAUAAACUACAUGUGCAUUUCCCUCAACAUACACAUUUAUUUAAUAAAGUCAAACCACCCAAAAGAUGGAAGAAAAGAUGAAUGGAUCACUGCCCGUUGUCUCCCCGGAGUAUCUUCAGCAGUGGGUUCAGUCUGCACAGCAGUUUCAUGCUCUCCAAGCCCAAUAUUCAGGUUUUAAUCCACAGUUUCACUACUCGGACACCCAGGCAGGAGAAGCAGCCAUGGCACACACGGGUAAUCCAGAACCCAUGAUGGAUCAGCAGGAGCCUACCAACCUUACAAAACCUCCAGCCAAAAAGAGAGGUAGAGCAGCUCAGCCCAAGGAACCUAAACCACCCAAACCUCCAAAAGUGCCCAAGGCACCAAAGCCCCCAAAGCCACCUAAGGACCCGAAUGCACCUAAAGCCAAACCGGGUCCUAAACCCAAAAAGGCCACUGAGGCUCAGGUGGAUGGCAAACAGGAGAAGAUUGACGAGAGCUUCAAGAAGGUUAAGAGGAAAGUGGACCGUUUUAAGGGCAUGUCAGAAGAGGAAGUUAUGAAGAAAACAUUGCCAGACCUGCUGGACUACAACCUUGACUAUGUGAUUAUUGGUAUCAAUCCAGGUUUAAUGGCUGCUUACAUUGGACGAUGGUUUCCAGGACCCGGAAAUCAUUUUUGGAAGUGCCUGUUUUUGUCAGGAUUUACUGAGGAGCAGCUCAACCACAUGCACGACACCACUCUGCCUGUCAAGUACAAAAUGGGCUUCACCAACAUGGUUGCCAGGGCGACGCCAGGGAGCAAAGAUCUCUCUAGUAAAGAGUUACGUGAAGGAGGAAAAAUUCUCGUGGAGAAGUUGAAGAAGUUUAAGCCGCUUAUUGCUGUUUUCAAUGGAAAAUGUAUCUAUGAAAUGUUCUGCAGAGAGUUGUUUGGUAAAAAACCACAGAAACUUGAAUUUGGGCUACAGCCGCACAAGAUCCCCGACUGUGACGUGGCCCUCUAUCUGAUGCCUUCCUCCAGCGCGCGGUGUGCUCAGUUCCCUCGUGCUCAGGACAAAGUUCACUUCUACAUCAAGCUGAGGGAGCUCCGAGAUCAGCUGCAGGGCGUCCAAAAACGCAGCGAGAUCGAGGAGGUCAGCUACUCGUUUGACCUGCAGCUGGCCAAGGAGGAUGCCAAGAGGCUGGCAAUUAAGGAGGAGCAGUAUGAUCCUGGUUAUGAGGACGCCUACGGUGGAUCAUAUGCAGAGAAAGGGCCUGAGGCAGGCCAAGCUCAGAGCCAGGCCAACGGCCACUGUACAUUUGGAUCUGCAGAAAACACAGAAGCAGCACAGGAGGCAACCACAUCCCAAACCGCCGACGGCCAGCUCCCGGACGGACAGUGGAUGACGCAGUCGUUUGCAGAUCAGAUCCCAGACAUCAGCGGUGGACCAAAGGCUUCGACGUUUGAGUAGAAGAGCUUCCCUGUCUGCGCUGACGGCAGAGACUGUUCGUCAGCUUUUAGGUAGACCUCGUGUUUUUAGUGUUUGGGUGGAAUAUGCGAGCAUAGAAUCUUUCUGCACAUUUCUUUACGAUCUUGUGUAAAUGUACGAUCAUCUUCAUGAAAUCAGGGACUUGACAGUGAUGCUGACUGUCAUCAGAGAAGCUCGUCAGUUCUGCUCCGUCUGACCCUCAGCAUGAACGCAUUCACAUUAAGGUGCUAUGGACCCACUGGGUCAGACUCAUGUUUCACAAACCGGCUCACUUGUAUUCUUUAGUUUUAGGAUUUUUAGAACUUUGUUUUUGUAUGUUUCAGAAAAUGUCAUUUACAUGGAAUUUUAUGCAGCGUUUGUCAUUAAAAUGUCCUGAAGAUGCUUUUUCUAA